CACUAACAACUACUGUUAACCAACCUCGUCUAUUUCUGGAUACAGCAUCUCUAAACUACAAUUAUGCCUCCUAUACCCAGUGUUGAGGAUAGUUCGGCCGAGAAUAGUGCCUCUUUUGAUAUUGUUCAGCACGGCCAUAAGGAUUUAGUUCAAGCGAUCGCCUUCAAUGCGUACGGUGACAGAUGUGCCACAGGUAGUGUCGACGGCAAAAUCCGUGUUUUCAACCGACAUCAAGAUGGUAUCUGGAGAUUAUGCGACAAUUGGAAGGCUCAUGCGGGCGAAAUAUUAGAGCUCCAAUGGCUCCCCCCUACUAUAUAUCCUAACCUAUUGGCUUCCCUUGGUAUUGAGGGACGCUUUAGACUAUGGGCUGAGGACCCCUCUGCUGCUCCGGGAAGGCGCUUCAGCUCGAGAGAUGGUAAUGGAAAAAAUGUUUCCGAGCUUAGGUCCAGCCGACACCCUUAUAGGUCUUUCUCGGUCAAACACGAUGAGGUAACGCGAUACACUUACGUCGCGCUUCUCGCAUCCGAUGGACAUCUCUCGGUGCUUGAAGGCGAGGAGCAUCAGGCCUUACAAGAUUACGGUAGAGUCGAUGACUUUCAAACCUGCACCAAACCGAACCGGGGCGAAGAAACCUGCUUUAAGGUCCGCUUCGACCCGAAUCCUGAGCCCUGCUAUACUGCUUUAAGAGCCGGUGUACCGCCGGACGCGCUUAGCUUGGUAGUUUCCGGUUUGACGAUGGUCAAGAUUUACAGGACACGCGAUUCUUCUGCAAGUUCGUUUGGUGCUGAGACUCGAACCCGGGAGUUCUACCUAGCUACCGAGAUCACGGACCAUAAUCACUUAGUACGUGAUGUUGCUUGGGCCCCUGGAAACUAUAGAGGCUACGACAUGAUUGCUACAGCCUGCCAGGACGGCUUAGUAAGAGUGUUCCGAAUCGACACACCCUUUUCUAAUGACGACGGUAAAUCUUGGUCUCUAACAGACGUCAUGGGUCACGCAAGAGCCGAUGAACACCCUACAUCUAGGCAUACCCAGCCCCGCCGAUCGUCGCAAGUUCCUUCUGGCAUAAGAGCCGAGAUCGAUAAGUCAGGGACGCAUGGGGAACGUACCUCAACCGACUUACCGGGACAGAUCUACCAUACCGUUAAGCUACUGUCGAAACUCGGUGCUCAUCAGUCACCCGUCUGGAGGGUGGACUUCGAUGAUGAUGGCCAAAUCCUAGGAAGUGUCGGCGACGAAGGAAAGUUAAUGUGUUAUCGUCAAAUGCCCGACGGCUCAUGGGCGAAGAGCUCGGAGUUGGGGAUGAUGAAAGCUAGGAUGGCUGCGCCGCCCACCAAUUUUAGUUGAGGGGUUAUGAGGGAAGUGGGGGUCCUGGGAUUUAUGAUUCGACCCAAUAAAAUCAUGAUACCCGUUUAAAAUAGGUUAUGGGAGGACAAUUAUACGAAACGACAUUGCUAUACACAUCUUUCAUCACAUCGCACUCUCGCAUAAGGCCUCCUGGGCGAUGGUAGG